AACAAUAACAGGAAACCAUCCCGGGGGGAAGUGGGCCAGGGCCAGCUGGAAAACCUGAAGGGGAGGCAGCCAGGCCUCCCUCGCCAGCGGGGUGUGGCUCCCCUCCAGAGACGGUCGGCUGACAGGCUCCACAGAGCUCCACUCACUCUCAGCCCUGGACGGACAGGCAGUCCAACGGAACAGAAACAUCCCUCAGCCCACAGGCACGAUCUGUUCCUGCUGGGAAGAUGCAGAGGCUCAUGAUGCUCCUCACCACAUCAGGCGCCUGCCUGGGCCUGCUGGCAGUGGCAACAGUGGCAGUAGCAGGUGCUAACCCUGCCCAACGGGACACCCACAGCCUGCUGCCCACACACCGGCGCCAAAAGAGAGACUGGAUUUGGAACCAGAUGCACAUUGAUGAAGAGAAAAACACUUCACUGCCCCAUCAUGUAGGCAAGAUCAAGUCGAGUGUGAGUCGCAAGAAUGCCAAGUACCUGCUCAAAGGAGAAUUUGUGGACAAGGUCUUCCGGGUCGACGCAGAGACAGGAGACGUGUUCGCCAUUGAGAGGCUGGACCGGGAGAACAUCUCAGAGUACCACCUCACUGCUGUGAUUGUGGACAAGGACACCGGGGAAAACCUGGAGACGCCUUCUAGCUUCACCAUCAAAGUACACGACGUGAACGACAACUGGCCUGUGUUCACGCAUCGGUUGUUCAAUGCAUCUGUGCCUGAGUCAUCGGCUGUGGGGACCUCGGUCAUCUCUGUGACAGCAGUGGAUGCAGACGACCCCACUGUGGGAGACCACGCCUCUGUCAUGUACCAAAUCCUGAAGGGGAAAGAGUAUUUUGCCAUCGAUAAUUCUGGACGUAUUGUCACAAUAACCAAAAGCUUGGACCGAGAGAAGCAGGCCAGGUAUGAGAUCGUGGUGGAAGCGCGAGAUGCCCAGGGCCUCCGGGGGGACUCGGGCACGGCCACCGUGCUGGUCACUCUGCAAGACAUCAAUGACAACUUCCCCUUCUUCACCCAGACCAAGUACACAUUUGUCGUGCCUGAAGACACCCGUGUGGGCACCUCUGUGGGCUCUCUGUUUGUUGAGGACCCAGAUGAGCCCCAGAACCGGAUGACCAAGUACAGCAUCUUGCGGGGCGACUACCAGGACGCUUUCACCAUUGAGACAAACCCCACCCACAACGAGGGCAUCAUCAAGCCCGCAAAGCCUCUGGAUUAUGAAUACAUCCAGCAAUACAGCUUCAUCGUCGAGGCCACAGACCCCACCAUCGACCUCCGAUACAUGAGCCCUCCCGCGGGAAACAGAGCCCAGGUCAUUAUCAACAUCACAGAUGUGGACGAGCCCCCCAUUUUCCAGCAGCCUUUCUACCACUUCCAGCUGAAGGAAAACCAGAAGAAGCCUCUGAUCGGCACAGUGCUGGCCAUGGACCCCGACGCGGCUAGGCAUAGCAUUGGAUACUCCAUCCGCAGGACCAGUGACAAGGGCCAAUUCUUCCGAGUCACAAAAAAGGGGGACAUUUACAAUGAGAAAGAACUGGACAGAGAAGUCUACCCCUGGUAUAACCUGACUGUGGAGGCCAAAGAACUGGAUUCCACUGGAACCCCCACAGGAAAAGAAUCCAUUGUGCAAGUCCACAUUGAAGUUUUGGAUGAGAAUGACAAUGCCCCGGAGUUUGCCCAGCCCUACCAGCCCAAAGUGUGUGAGAACGCUGCCCAUGGCCAGCUGGUCCUGCAGAUCUCCGCAAUAGACAAGGACAUAACACCACGAAACGUGAAGUUCAAAUUCACCUUGAAUACUGAGAACAACUUUACCCUCACGGAUAAUCACGAUAACACAGCCAACAUCACAGUCAAGUAUGGGCAGUUUGACCGGGAGCAUACCAAGGUCCACUUCCUACCCGUCGUCAUCUCAGACAAUGGGAUGCCAAGCCGCACGGGCACCAGCACGCUGACCGUGGCCGUGUGCAAGUGCAACGAACAGGGCGAGUUCACCUUCUGCGAGGAUAUGGCCGCCCAGGUGGGCGUGAGCAUCCAGGCAGUGGUAGCCAUCUUACUGUGCAUCCUCACCAUCACAGUGAUCACCCUGCUCAUCUUCCUGCGGCGGCGGCUCCGGAAGCAGGCCCACGCGCACGGCAAGAGCGUGCCGGAGAUCCACGAGCAGCUGGUCACCUACGACGAGGAGGGCGGCGGCGAGAUGGACACCACCAGCUACGAUGUGUCGGUGCUCAACUCGGUGCGCCACGGCGGGGCGAAGCCCCUGCGACCCGCGCUGGACGCCCGGCCGUCCCUCUACGCGCAGGUGCAGAAGCCACCGCGGCACGCGCCUGGGGCACACGGAGGGCCCGGAGAGAUGGCAGCCAUGAUCGAGGUGAAGAAGGACGAGGCGGACCAUGACGGCGACGGCCCCCCCUACGACACGCUGCACAUCUACGGAUACGAGGGCUCCGAGUCCAUAGCCGAGUCCCUCAGCUCCCUGGGCACCGACUCAUCCGACUCUGACGUGGAUUACGACUUCCUUAACGACUGGGGACCCAGGUUUAAGAUGCUGGCUGAGCUGUACGGCUCAGACCCCCGGGAGGAGCUGCUGUAUUAGGUGGCCGAGGUCACUCUGGGCCUGGGGGCCCAAACCCCCUGCAGCCCAGGCCAGUCAGACGCCAGGCACCACAGCCUCCAAAAAUGGCACUGACUCCCCAGCCCAGCACCCCUUCUUCGUGGGUCCCAGAGACCUUAUCAGCCUUGGGAUAGCAAACUCCAGGUUCCUGAAAUAUCCAGGAACAUAUGUCAGUGAUGACUAUUCUCAAAUGCUGGCAAAUCCAGGCUGGUGUUCUGUCUGGGCUCAGACAUCCACAUAACCCUGUCACCCACAGACUGCCAUCUAACUCAAGACUUCCUCUGGCUCCUCAAGGCUGCAACGCAAAACAGACUGUGUUUAACUGCUGCAGGGUCUUUUUCUAGGGUCCCUGAACGCCCUGGUGAGGCUGGUGAGGUCCUGGUGCUUACCUGCCUGGAGGCAAAGGCCUGGACAGCUUGACUUGUGGGGCAGGAUUCUCUGCAGCCCAUUCCCAAGGGAGACUGUGACCAUCAUGCCCUCUUUCGGGAGCCCUAGCCCUGCUCCAACUCCUUCAUACUCCACUCCAAGUGCCCCACCACUCCCCAACCCCUCUCCAGGCCUGUCAAGAGGGAGGAAGGGGCCCCAUGGCAGCUCCUGACCUUGGGUCCUGAAGUGACCUCACUGGCCUGCCAUGCCAGUAACUGUGCUGUACUGAGCAUUGAACCACAUUCAGGGAAAUGGCUUAUUAAACUUUGAAGCAACUGUGAAUUCAUUCUGGAGGGGCGGUGGAGAUCAGGAGUGACUGAUCACAGGGUGAGGGCCACCUCCACACCCACCCCCUCUGGAGAAGACCUGGAAGAGCUGAGACCUUGCUUUGAGACUCCUCAGCACCCCUCCAGUUUUGCCUGAGAAGGGGCAAUGUUCCCAGAGCAGAAGACCUCUCCCCUUCUCUGCCUCACCUGGUCGCCAGUCCAUGCUCUCUUUCUUUUCUCUGUCUACUCCUUAUCCCUUGGUUUAGAGGAACCCAAGAUGUGGCCUUUAGCAAGACUGGCCAAUGUCCAAACCCACUCAUGACUGCAUGACAGAGCCAAGCCAUGUGCCUUUACACCUCGCUGUUGUCACAUCUCAGGGAACUGACCCUCAGGCACACUUUGCAGAAGGCAAGGCCCUGCCCUGCCCAACCUCUGUGGUCACCCGUGCAUCUUCCACUGGAAUGUUUCACUGCAAACACACCUUGGAGAAGUGACAUCAGUCAACAGAGAGGGGCAGGGAAGGAGACACCCAGCUCACCCUUCGUCAUGGACCGAGGUUCCCACUCUGGGCAAAGCCCCUCACACUGCAAGGGAUCGUAGAUAACACAGACUUUUUUGUUUUAACCAAUAACUAGUUUCUUAUAAUGAUUUUUUUACUAAUGAUACUUACAAGUUUCUAGCUCUCACAGACAUAUAGAAUAAGGGUUUUUGCAUAAUAAGCAGGUUGUUAUUUAGGUUAACAAUAUUAAUUCAGGUUUUUUAGUUGGAAAAACAAUUCCUGUAACCUUUUAUUUUCUGUAAUUGUAGUAAUUGCUCUACAGAUAAUGACUAUAUAUUGGCCACACUGGUGCAUGACAAGUACUGUAUUUUUUUAUACCUAAAUAAAGAAAAAUCUUUAGCCUGGGCAA